UCAUUUCCGUCUCAAUAUAUAUCGAAUAUAUCCGCUCUUGUGUGAUCCCCUUUGAUGUUCUAUUCAAAUAGUAGAAUUGAUUAUUCAAAUAUUCAAUCUAUGUCGAUCGAAAAUGCUUCUCAAUCACAUCCAAUCGGACUAUCGAGUAUAACACGAGCGAUUCAAUACAAUGGGUAUAUUUAACUUUGGCAGAAACUGGUUUGACACCAAGAUAUAGAGAAUGGACAUUGUUUUCUCGUGUGAUUAGUUUGUUCAAGAUUUCUGUGAAAAAGUUCUUUUUGUAAAAAUGAUUUUUCUUAUCUUGGUUUCCAUUAUUACCCUAAUGGUCUACCUGUUGAAUCAGAUCAGAAAACCGGAAAACUAUCCUCCAGGUCCACCGUUUUUACCAAUCAUUGGCCACCUUCACAUCAUGAAAAAAUUAUGCAACAAGUUCCAGUUUCAAUAUUUAGCUUUCAACCAUUUGCAUGAAAAGUUUAACACGAAAGUAUUAGGAUUGAAAUUUGGAAAUGAACUAACGGUGAUUGUGAGUAGCUAUCCUUUGGCAAAACAAGUAUUGAAAGAAGACGUAUUUGAAGGAAGACCAGAUAACUUUUUCAUAAGAUUAAGAUCUAUGGGAAAAAGAAUAGGAAUAACUGGUACCGACGGAGAAGAAUGGAGUAUUCAAAGACAAUUUGUUGUUAAGCAUCUAAAAACUCUUGGGUUAGGCAAAGAAAUAAUGUCGAAUCUAGUCAAAUAUGAAGUUGCAAAUCUUCUUAAGAUUUUACCUAAUAAUAACACUGCCAUUAAGACACUGCUAGCACCGUGCGUGAUCAAUAUCUUCUGGAGUUUAACAACUGGAUCCAGAUUCGAUGUGAAUGAUUGUCGAAUAGAGAAACUGAUAGCAAUUUUAGGUGCAAGAUCGAAAGUUUUUGACUUAGCAGGAGGGAUCAUGAACGCUCUACCUUGGCUCAGAUUUAUCGCACCGAAAAAAAUUGGAUAUGAAAUGAUCUGUAAACUGAAUAAGGAAUUGUACACGUUGUUUAUGGAAACUAUCGAGGAACAUUACAAAACUUACGAUGAGGAUAACGAUGAAGAUUUAAUCAAUAUGUACAUAAAAGAAAUUAAAAAAGGGAAUGCUCACUUCACAGAUGAAAAACUAGUCAUUGUUUUGUUAGAUUUAUUUAUUGCUGGAUCUCAAACUACUAGUACCACUCUGGAUUUUGCUCUGAUGAUGAUGAUACUAAGACCCGAACUUCAGGAGAAGUUACAAAAGCAAUUAGACGAUGCUUUCGACAAAAAUGUUCCGAUUGACUAUUCUCAAAAGUGGAGGGUACCCUUUGCAGAAGCUGUCAUAUUGGAGGUCAUGAGAUUUUUUCUUAUAACACCAAUUAUAGGCCCCAGAAGAACAUUAGAAAACACGGUUAUCGAUAGUUAUUCGAUUCCAAAGAACACUACAGUAUUAAUAAAUCUGCAAUCUUUACAUCAUGAUAAGGUAUACUGGAAGGAUCCAGAAGUAUUCAGACCAGAUCGAUUCAUAAAUGAGGCUGGAGAACUAAUAAAUCACGAUUACAUCAUUCCAUUCGGCAUGGGGAGACGGAGAUGUCCUGGAGAAGUACUAGCUCGCAACUGUCUAUACACAUUUUUCGCAGAAAUAGUGAGAAAUUUCAAAAUAACUCUGCAUCCAAAUUCUCAGAUACCAAGUUUAAUACCACAACCAGGAAUUGUGCUCUCACCACAACCGUAUUUAGCACAGUUCACCCUAAGAUCUUGACAAUAAGAUGGCAGUAUUAUUAUGAAACAGCCCUAGUUUAUUUUCACUUUUAGGACAAAUCCAAUAAAUACGAAUAAAGUUCUUUGUUUGUAAUUGUAAUUAGUUAAGAUGUUUUCCUCGUGAAAGGCUUAAAUCCUGUAUAAAAAAUUGUACAAUUUACAAAUUGAAAAAAAUUACAAUAAUUAAUAAGUA